UUUAUGCUUUGAUCGAUAAAACUCUUUUAUACUAAACGUAUUAGAGAAUCGAAGCUUUCUAUUGUUAUCUGAAAUGGCUAAUUCAUCCAUCAUGAUUCUCAACAUAGUGAUCUUCCUUCUCCUUAUUUCACAAGGUUAUAGCUUUUGCACCUUGAAAAAUCUGACUGUAACUCAAGUUAAAACGGGAGUUAUAGUGAAAAAUAAGCCAGAAUGGAGUGUGUCUGUGACCAACACUUGUCCACCCCCAUGUGUUCAAAGGAGUGUGAUAUUAAAGUGCCCUGGAUUUCAAACUGUUGAACCUGUAUUGCCUUCAGCUUUGGUCGUCUCACCAAUGGGCACUUGUCUCUUUAAUGGUGGUGGACCUAUUGCUGCUCAUGCUGUUGUCAGCUUCAAAUAUGCUUGGGACUCUGCACUUCCAUUAAGUCCCGUAUCUGGAUUGAUUACAUGUUCUUAAUUAAGUGCAAAGCCAAGAGAUUUUUGUCUUUACAAUAAUCUUUGAUGCAAUUUGUUGUUGCUUCUUGGUUAAUAGGUAUUAGAAUUUCUAAAUUAAAUAAAGAGCUAAGGUCUCUCGAGCUAAAAUAAGCUCAAUUAAAUAGUUGAAUAAUUUAAUUGUUGAAAAUAUA